CCGGCGUACUCCGGAUUUGCUUCCGGGGCCUACGCCUGCGCGUUGAUCACCAGUCAGGCGCGAAGUUGUGGUUGUGCGAUUGCAUGAGAUUGAAGCACUGAGGCUUAAUUUUCUUGAUGCAUAUCACAAUUAACUAAUUAUAAUGGCAUCAUCAGUUUCUGAAUACAUAAUCGGUGGAGUGAAAAUUCUUUUUCCAUGCAAGGCAUACCCAUCUCAGCUUGCUAUGAUGAAUUCAAUUGUACGAGGCUUGAACUGUCAACAGCACUGUCUGUUAGAGAGUCCAACUGGAAGUGGGAAAAGUCUUGCACUGCUUUGCUCUACGUUGGCCUGGCAGCACUCUCAAUAUGACAAAUCUGGAAAUGAAAGUUGUCCAAAUAGUUGUAGAAAACAAGAAAAAUUGCCCGUGUGUAACUGUGCCUGUCACACAGCAAGAAUGCCUUCUGCUCCAACCGCAGAAAUAAACCAGACCAGCUCCACUGUUGCAGAAAAUGGAAAAUCCUCACCAAGUUCAAACCAAGAUGUUGCACGUAGAACUAGGGUUACCUUAGCCUCCAAAUUGCAUGCCAUGAUGAAAACACCUUUAAGUGAAGCUGAUGAUGAUUUUCAAACAGAGAGGAAACGGAUCCGUAUGUCUUUAAAUGACUCUCAGACACGAAAGCGGAGAUGUAUUGAUAAGGGAGUACAUUUUAUUGAUGAUAAAACUACUUUGGAUGAAGACAAUAUUGGAUCAAUGUCAUGUAAUGUGAAUAUCAAUUCUGAGGUUCAUCAUGUUCCACCUGCCCAAGAAUCAUCAAUGUCUAGUCCCUGUACUUUGUGUACUUGCAUUAAUUCAAACACAAGUGGAAGAAAAGAUGAAGGUGGCGCAAAAGGGAAGAAUAAUGCAAAAACACAAGUCCCAAAGAUAUUUUUUGGGACUCGCACACACAAUCAAAUAACACAAAUCACUCAUGAACUGCGUCGUACAAAUUAUUCAUAUGUUCGGAUGACUAUCCUUUCCAGCAGAGAUCACACCUGUGUCCAUCCUGAGGUUUCAGGUACCUACAACAGGAAUGAGAGAUGCAAGGAUCUACUGGAAGGAAGAGAUGGGAAAUCAUGUCGUUACUAUCAUGGUGUCCAUAAAAUGAGUGAACAGAAAACUUUACAAUGGAUUCAUGGUAUGCAUAUGGCUUGGGACAUUGAAGAAUUGGUGAGCCUUGGAAAGAAGCUUCGUUCAUGUCCAUACUUUGUAUCUCGUGAGUUGAUGCAAGAGGCAGACAUUGUAUUCUGUCCGUACAAUUAUCUAAUGGACCCACAAAUAAGGGAGAGUAUGAAGAUCAAUUUGAAAGAUCAAAUUGUUAUCUUUGAUGAAGCACAUAAUAUUGAAGACUGUGCACGGGAGUCAUCUAGUUUUAGUGUCACAGAGAAACAGCUUUUAUUUGCUCGAGAAGAACUGGAUUGCAUGGUCAACCAAAAUAUUAAGAGAAAUGAUCAUGAUGCACUGCGUACAGUCUGCUAUAGUUUUACUAACUGGCUAAAGGAAUGUUCUGGGAAUCUGGUGGAGAAGGAAUAUGAAACAUCCUGCAGGGUCUGGAACGGGAAGGAAAUGCUCACUGUUUUUCAUAAAUGGGGAUUAACCAGUGCUACAUUUUCCAUUUUACAGAAAAACCUGGAUGCUGUACUGGAGAAAGAAGAGAAGGUACUUCUGAUGAAUGGACAGCAGGGGUCUGUAACAGUCCCAACUGUAAGUGCACCAACACAGAUGAUGUUGAAAGGACUUUUCAUGGUGCUUGAUUUUCUCUUCAGGGACAGCUGCAGAUUUAUAGAUGACUAUAGGGUGGCAGUACAGCAGACUUACACAUGGACCAACCAGCCAGAUAUUCCUGAUGAAAAUGGUUUCUUUGCACGCCCUCGAUACAGGAGAGGUUCGCGGAAAAAGACAGCUCUGCUGACCCUGAACUUUUGGUGUUUAAAUCCAGCAGUGGCUUUUUCAGAUCUCAAUUGCGUCAGGACAAUUGUCCUAACAUCAGGGACAUUGUCGCCAAUGGAGUCAUUCUCUUCAGAGCUGGGUGUAAAGUUCAGUAUCCAGCUGGAGGCAAACCAUGUCAUUGACAACUCUCAGGUAUGGGUAGGAACAAUCGGAACAGGACCAAAUGGGCGAAAACUCUGUGCCACCUUCCAACACACAGAGACAUUUGAGUUUCAGGAUGAAGCUGGAGAACUGCUGCUGAAGAUUUGUCAAAUUGUUACUCAGGGUGUACUCUGCUUUCUACCUUCAUACAAGAUGCUGGACAAGCUGCAGAAUCGCUGGAUGCUCACAGGUUUAUGGAAAAAACUGGAGGAGAUCAAAACCAUUAUUGUUGAGCCAAAAGGAGGUGACAAAAGUGACUUUGAUUCAUUAAUGCAGUCCUAUUAUAAGGUUAUAAAGGAUAAAGAAAGCAAAGGUGGAGCUCUCUUGGUAGCUGUUUGCAGAGGAAAAGUCAGUGAAGGACUUGAUUUCACUGAUGAUAAUGCUCGUGCCGUGGUUACAAUAGGCAUUCCUUUUCCAAAUGUCAAAGACCUCCAGGUUGAACUGAAACGGAAAUAUAAUGACCAGCAUUCACGAACACGUGGUUUGCUUCCUGGUAGUCAGUGGUAUGAAAUUCAAGCAUUUCGAGCGCUGAAUCAAGCCCUGGGCAGGUGUAUUCGACAUAGGAAUGACUGGGGAGCACUGAUCCUAGUUGAUGACAGAUUUGGAAGUAACACCAAAAAAUAUAUAACUGGUUUGUCAAAGUGGAUCCGUCAGCAAGUACGCCACCAUUCAAAUUUCAGCAAUGCAUUGGAGUCAUUAAGCAUGUUUGCCAGUAAUCACCAGAAGGAUGUUGAUCAUUUACCCAAGAUCUGCAAAACAGUUGACGUACACAUUGAUAACAAAGAUUAUCACUCACAAAUCGUCAGCUCAGAAUUCUUGGAAAAUGACACUCCAAAAUGCAAUGCGCCAAAUGCUACAACAGGAAGUCAGAAGACUAAUCCUAAUGCUAUUCUUAUACAUCCCUACUGUGAUACUAGUAAAAUGACCACUACAGAAAUACCUGAUAACGAAGAAACAAAUUCUACAACAAUAAUUACCAAGAUUCCACUCUUCAAAAAUUCUAAAAACAGUAACAAUAAAGACAACUCAGGAUCUAUCAUGCAGUAUUUUAAAAAAAGACCUCUAACAUCAACACCUAUCCGAACACCAUUGACACAGUCACAGAUUGCACCUGUUCAGUUGGUGCAAGUGGUGCAAGAUGAUUAUGAGAAGAACAUUAGACAGACACAGCAAAAAAUUGAAAUGACUUCAUUUCAGUUUGAGAGCAUGCUACCGAAGGACAGUGGAACAUCAAUAAACAUCAGAGAGGAUUUAUUAUUAAAUAUGGUAGAAGGUGAAUUACCGGAUAAUAGAGAAAACCAAACUGCUUAUGACAGUGCAGGAAAUUCUUAUAACAGCUCCAUGGCUGUGUCACCCUCCUCUGUUUUGGGGUUGUUAAGGAAGGAUGACGUACAGGUAAUGGGAACACCGGCCUUGGUAGAUACUAAUAUGCAACAGCCAGUAGAAGAAGAGGACGUUAAUGAGGAUGAGACAUGGUGUUUUACCCCUGAGCUUUUUGACGAGGAUCCAGAGGAAGAAUGUUUUCAAACAGCAGAGAAGGAUAAUUCACCAGAUGUUGCUAAAGGUGACAAUAUCUGUGAUUUUCCUGCUGUACCUGUGAACAAGGAUGCUAAAUCCAUGAAAAUGCUUCAGAAUAAAAUUGGAGGGCCCUUCUUCUUUGAUAGGCUGACAAAGUCUAAUGAAAAUAAAAUGAAUUCAGGCUUUGAACACAGUUUCUGUUCCAAUGUAGUAGUGAAAGACAAAAUUGUGCCUAAGUUAGCAACACUGACAAAUGAGGAGGAGGAUGGCGCCAUUCAAGGACCUCACCACUUUGGUGAGCUGGCAAAAUCUGACAAAGUAACAAAGAACAGAAAUCAUAGACUGUCCAGAUCUAGAAAUAAAGGUACAAGCUUAAUAAGUGAUAAUGUAUGUGUGCAAUGCCUCCACUUCCCUGCAGACAAUAACUAAUAUCUAACUGAUAUUUGUAUUAUUCUGUCAAAUUGACUCAUUCUGAUUUAAGAAUGAGUUUAGCAAUAGGCCAAGCUUUGUAGUUUUUGAUUUUGUUUAUGAUGACGAGUGUUCAUGUUGGGGAAUUGAACAUCUUGUGUAGCAUGAGGUCAGAUAUAGAAGUACAGUGGGAAGAACAUCUCCACUUAGUCCUAGCAAUAUGCUACAGUCCAAAUUUUUGAAAUGUAUUUUCUGUACUAUAAUUUUUUAAUUUGCCACAUUACAUGAAUCUAACUAUGUAUAUGAGGAUCGAUUUAUCUUAAAUUUGGAUUGAUUUUAUGCCAUGGACCAAUGCCAACUAUGAACUGAGAUUUCUGUACUCAUUUCACAUGGCACUUACAGAGAUACUAAGCAAAAGGAUUAGGUAGAUGUAAAUCCAAGCUAUAUAAGAACAAUAGAUUUGAAUGCCUUUUAAAUACAUAUUAAUCAUAGUGGAAUUACAUUGGAUUCUAUUAUGCUUUUGUUACAAUGUGAUGUUACUUAAUUUAGUAAAUGACAUCCCAAUGUGCUGAAGACAUCUGAAGCCAUUAUAUAGUAUUAUGUAGUCAUGUAAAGUAUGUUUACUGAGAAAUUGUGUUAGUAAGUUAUUUAUCUGUGGGCUAGAGAUCUGGAAAUUUAACCUUAAACUAUCCAUUGACUAAAAUAGACAACUGAUAAUUAGAUCUAAAACUCAAAGCAAAUAAGCUAUGUGUUUUACACUACAGUAAGUGGAAAUGUUGUUAUGCAAUAAUAACAUUUAUUCUUAAACUAUCCUGAUAUCAAAGCUAUAGACAAUGAACGUUGGCAAAUAGUGGCUAGACUCUUAAUUUGUAAUAAUGUU